AUGAGUAAGAGGAUCAGUCAGAGCAAACCCUCGACUUUCAAUGGUAAGGGGGAACCAUCGGAACUCGAGCUCUGGUUAAGGGAAUUUGACAAACUUUUUGAUGUGGUUGAAUGCCCAGAGGAACUGAAGGUCAACCAGGCUGCGUUUUAUUUGGUUGGUGAAGCCGACUAUUGGUGGGCAAAUAGUAGAUCUGGGUUAUUAGAACAAACUAAUGGAGUCUUUAAUUGGGAUUUGUUUAAAAGGGCUAUGCGAGAGAAAUUAUACCCUUUGCACGUGAGAAAAGAUAAGUCAAAUGAGUUCGCUCGUUUGGUGAUGGGAGACAUGACUGUUGAUGAAUAUUACCGAAAGUUUAUGGAAUAUAUUCAGUACUGUCCUGACGAUGUUCCCACUAAGGAGAAAAAGAUGCAGCGAUUUGAACUGGGAUUGUCAUAUGACAUUCAAAAACAUAUUGAGAGCGACCGCUAUAACACCCUAGAACAGAUGUACAAGCGUGCGUCUCAAAUAGAGAACAUUCUGAGGAAGGAGAACAAAAAAGAGAAUGGUAAGGACCCUGAGAAGAGGAAGGAGAUUGCAGGUCAGACAUCAAGGAUUUCGUCGGACUUUUAUCAAAAGAAAGCUAGAACUUUCGGAAAUUUUCAGGGAAGUAGAUCUAGUACAAAUUCUGGGUUUAGGGGAGACGUGAAGCCUGCUAAGCCAUUACUGGACCGAGAUGGCAAUGAAAGAAAAUAUUUCUAUAGAAGAUGCAGGGAAAACAAUCCUGGAAAGAAUUGUGAUGGGAAUUUGGUUGAAUGUAAUUUUUGCCACAAGAGGGGACAUAGGGAGUAUAAAUGCUACAUCAAGAAAGGGAGUGGGAGUCAACAGCCGGGUGGGCAGCACCGGCAGUAG